CUGGCUGUAUGACGCGCGGCCAUCUAUCAUUGUCCCUUCAAAUUAGUGCGGCCAGCAGCGCGCGCGUCCGAGGAUUCCGAUGAUGAUGAUGAUAUGAGACCGACUGAGAGCUGAAGAAGAAGAGCACGUUUUCAUAAUAAAAAGACUGGUAAGAGACUGACGAGAAAUGGCUUAUCGUACACAUUUGGAUGAUCUUUGGGAACAUCAGAUAAGACCGGAUGGACGUACGCCGAACGAGUUGCGAAACGUUUGUUGUGAAAUGAGCGUUUUCCGGGACACGAGGGCGAGUGGAAGUGCGGCUUUUAGUAUUGGAAAUACUAAAGUGGUGGCUGCAAUUUAUGGACCUCACGAGGUCCGAUCUACUCAAAAGAAAUCACACAAUGCGGACAAAGUCAACAUAAACUGUGAAUACAGUUCGGCCUGCUUCAGUUCAAAUGAGAGGAAAACGUCGACAAAAUCUGACCGUAAGUCGAUCGAAGUGUCAACAAAUUUAAAGGAGCUGUUGGAAAAUAUAAUUGUGACGGACGCCCUCACGGCCGGAACGGUGCUGGACGCUUACAUCGAGUUAAUUCAGGACGAUGGGAGUAGCUAUUCUGCCUGCAUUAACGCCCUCACCUUGGCCUUGGCUGACGCCCGAAUACCAAUUCGAGAUUAUGUCGUUUCCUGCACUGCCACCAUUACCAACUCGUUGCCCAUGAUUGAUAUAAAUGCUCAAGAACGGGGUUCCAGUCCGGAGCUAACUAUUGCAAUCACGGCUAAAAAUAAUCAAAUUAUUGUUUUAGAACAGGCCAAUUUAAUGCCAAGUAUGUAUCUAAAAGAUGUGGUAGAAGAGGGGGUAAAAGGUUGUCAAAAAGUAUAUCGAUUUAUUGAAGAAGCCGUUAGACAACAAUCUUCCGUUGUUGAUACUGCACUAAAGAGUAUUUAAAUAAUGUUAAAUGUUAAAGCAAUUAAAUAAAUAUUUUUACACGGUGACUGACUACUUUCACUUACACAA